UUCAUUCAUACGGAUAAGGGAAAAGCUGAUUCUCUUGUCUUGGAAGGGUUGAAGCACCUAAUCCUAAUCCACGUAGUAGUAUCCAGCAACAACCAUAGCAAUUCGCGAACGAAAUAAUCACUAUCACUACGAGGAUCGAACCAAAUGGAAGUGGCUAUGUCUCUGAACGCUCUCAUUCGUCUUCCUCUCUCUAGUUCCAGUUCGAGACUCCACCACGACGACGUCGUUUCACCACCGGUGAGGCAUUCUCUGUUUUCUACCCGGAGAACGAACCCAAAUCCUCCUCAACGCCGCCACGUGUUGUUGGUCGUUGAAGCAAAGGGCAAAAAGGGAAUGGUGCCUCGUCAAUUUCAACGUCCUCCUCCUCCUCCCUUACCCAAAAUUGAAGACGAUGGCAACCCCAAAUUUGUCGUCUUCAUUCGCAUGGCCAAUGUAUAUCUUUGGUACCCUCUUAGUAUAGUUUCAGGUGGCACCACUGCCAAACUCAUGGUUGCAGCAAAAGAUAAUUUUUUGGGCAAAUAUAUAUACAAAGAUACACUUGAUAGAAAUCUUGCUGCUGUUAUCUACCGAGAUGAGAAGGAGAUACAGAAAACUGCACUCAAACAACAUCGUGUGCUGCGAUCAGCUACUGAUUUUAGAUAUGGCUACAAACUUGUUGAGAAUAGCAAUAUAAGAGCUGCACUUUCUACCACAGAUGUUAUUGAGCUUCCAACACCAGAUAAACUAAAAACCGUACUUGAUAAAGUGAAAGACUUUUUUGGAGAUGCAAAGGAGUCCUUUGGGAAGAUGACAGCGUUAGGCACUACUACAACUGAAGAAUCAGAGGAAGAUACAAAAGAAAAGGCUAAGGUUGAAGGAUGAAACUAUAGCUGGAAAUAUUUUGCUUUAAUUGUUAUGAGUAGCCUGUGGCCUUAUGAGCUCAGAAAGCUUCAUGCAGUUUGUGGAUUGAUUAAUGGGGAAGCUUCUGUGCACAACGAUGUUACUCCCGGUUCUGUUCUUUUAUCCAUAGCCAUCAACAUAAUUUUAUUUUCUGCAGAGUGAACACCACCUUUAUGAUGCUGUAUCACUCAUGUAUGUUAUAAUCCAUGAUGCUUCAAGAGUUAUUUGUGCAAAUUACGGGUUGAAAUAUCCAUGCAUUUUAUUUAAGAGGAAUUCAUUAACUUAAUCAGAGAUUCCAUUAUCAACUAGACCAAUUAACACUGCAA